AUGAGGGGCGCCUUCUACUGCAACGAUGAGACGUACGAGGCACAACCGAAAGCAGAACAACUCAAUCUCGCGCUGGCGGCACAAGCCCCCCCAUUCCAUCGGCAGUACACCCGCCUGACUUCCUCCUUCCUCUUCGCCAUGCAGGGCUACGGCUACUCGCAGUACCAGGCGCACUCGCCGCACCACCAGCGCAGCGGCGAACUUCCCAAGCUCUACUACAAAUCCCUGGACCACGGCACCAAUAGCGGCGGCUUCAAUGGCCCGGCGUGCAUGAACUCCAGCAGCACGCCCAACGUCGCAGCAGGGGGACUUCGACUACGAGCCCAUCAGCACCCAGGCAAAUACUACGCGCUGUCGCCCAAGGCCUAUCGAUACAACUGGGGCGGCUCUCAGAGCCGCUCUGAGAAGAAGCGCGUGUUCAAGCUAAACGAUGGCAUCAACCAUCACAAGACGCUGCAGGACGAGGCCGGACGAUCAAGCAGUCCAUCGUGUGAUCUCGAAUCAGAGUGCGGAGCGCGCCUAAAAGCAGGCGGAUCGCCAAGGACCAAAAUGGUGGUGGCUAAGGCGAUCUUCUCCGAGAAGAUCAUGACCGACGCAAGUAUGUACACCGACGACACGGCGGCCGACAGCAGCAGCACUGUGGGCGGCAGCAGCAGCGAUGAUGACGAACGCUCGAACCAACAGGAGCUCACAGCGCGAGGGUGCUCCGAGAGCCAAGGGCAGCUCAGCGAUCAAGAUACCGACUUAGACCGCUCCUCCUACUUUGUUCUCUCGGACCCUGACUACACCUACGAGGCUGUCCCGGCUUUCACGCCAGAUGUCAACCGAACAGCGUCAAACAACAAGAAAAUUUAUGGCAAGCCGAUGUCUGUAGGGGAGAUUAUGAUAAAGCGUCGACAGCGCCUGUGCGAGUGGGAUAUUGAACGCUUAGACGCUUUUCUCGAUUCCCAUGUUGAACACCAUAUCGCCAUGGAGGCAGAUGAAUCGUACGACGAGAAUGCUAUCCGGGAGCAUACCAAGGAGGGUUUUUUCAAAGAGCUCGAGUAUAAAGCUCGAGUCCAAGAAGCCGCUGUGCUCGAGUGGCUUGCUGUCUGGACGUAUCAAACCGAGGUGAUGUUUCCUCGUCUUGGGGUAUCGUUGAGACGCUAG